AUGGAGAUUACAGAGGCGCUAUCAUUCUUUCAGCUUGCUUAUAUAACUUUUGAAAGUGUAUUGGAGGUCGUGAUCGUCUCUCUCGCAGGGUUUUGGUGCGCUUAUUCCGGGCUACUACCAAAACAAGGGCAGAAAGUCAUUUCAUUGUUGAAUAUGGAUGUCUUCACCCCCUGUUUGAUCUUCAGCAAGCUUGCCAAAUCGCUCUCAAUUGCUAAAAUCUUUGAGAUUGCCAUUAUUCCUCUAUUCUUUGCAGUGACGACGGGUAUAUCGUUUUGUGCAGGAAGAGUAAUGGCUUAUUUGAUGCACCUUGAUACAGAUGAGACGAAUUUCGUAGUAGCGAAUUCUGUUUUUGGGAAUAGCAAUUCGUUGCCGGUUUCUUUGACGCUUUCUCUAGCAUAUACGCUUCCGGGAUUGGAAUGGGACCAAGUUAAGGGCGAUACGAAAGACUCAAUUGCCUCUAGGGGUAUUUUAUACCUGCUAAUUUUCCAGCAGCUUGGCCAGGCACUUAGAUGGACAUGGGGAUAUAAGAAGUUGUUAAGAUGGUCGGGUGAGACAGAUGAUAUGUCUCGCGUUGGACUUCUGGAGUCGCAGGCUUCGAUUGCUAAUACUGAUGAAAACGACCGCACCGCUGUUUCCGACGAUGAAUGCUUGCGGAGCCGCACGCCUGGCUACUCGAUCACCACAGCUUCGCUGAAUAUGUUGAAGGACUCGGUUUCUUGUAGUGUGUCGAAGUUCAGGUCUUUUAUGAACCCACCGCUCUACUCCAUGUUAGUUUCUGUGAUAGUUGCUUCGAUACAUCCACUACAGCACGAAAUAUUCCAUAGUAACGGAUUUAUUAACAACACAUUUGCGGAAGCCGUGGAUGAACUAGGUGCUUUGUCGGUGCCGCUUAUUUUACUUGUCUUAGGCUCCAACUUGUGUAUCUCAAACGAGCCAAUGGCAAAGUCACAUAACUACAAAAAGAUGGUGUUUGCAUCUAUAGUGGGACGUAUGAUCUUGCCAUCAUGUGCUCUUCUACCACUAAUAGCGCUCUGCGUGAAAUUUAUAAAGGUCAGCAUAUUGGAUGAUCCAAUCUUCCUAAUUGUUGGGUUCAUAUUGACCGUGUCCCCACCAGCCAUUCAGCUAACGCAAAUCACGCAGUUAAAUGAAUUCUUUGAAUCGGAAAUGUCUGGAGUCUUGUUUUGGGGGUAUGUAAUUUUAUCAUUGCCAGUGAGUAUUACCGUUGUUUCCGCGGCGAUAUAUGUGCUAAGAUGGGCAGAACAAACAACUUAA